AAGCCGCCCCUGACCGCCAGACGCCCGGACCCAAGCCAGCAAGCAAAGCCCACUUCAGCUUCCGGGUCGAAACCUUUCUUCGAACGCAAGAAGAACCCCCUACCCCGAACGCGACCUACCCGAGCCGGCGAUGGCGACGGUGGCGAUGGACAUCUCGAAGCCCACGCCGGCGGCGUCCGGCGACGAGGCCGCGGCGGCCGCGAAGGGGAGGAGCGGCGCCGGGGGCGAGGGGCUGCGGCAGUACUACCUGCAGCACAUCCACGACCUGCAGCUCCAGAUCCGGCAGAAGACCCACAACCUCAACCGCCUCGAGGCCCAGCGCAACGACCUCAACUCCCGAGUUAGAAUGCUCAGGGAAGAGUUGCAGUUGCUUCAAGAGCCUGGCUCAUAUGUUGGUGAGGUGGUGAAGGUCAUGGGGAAAUCAAAGGUUCUGGUGAAGGUACAUCCUGAAGGCAAAUAUGUGGUGGAUCUGGAUAAGAGCAUUGAUAUCACAAAGAUCACACCUUCAACAAGGGUUGCUCUUCGGAAUGACAGUUAUAUGCUCCAUCUGAUUCUACCAAGCAAAGUUGAUCCAUUGGUCAAUCUCAUGAAGGUUGAGAAGGUUCCUGAUUCUACUUAUGACAUGAUUGGAGGCCUUGACCAGCAAAUUAAAGAGAUCAAAGAGGUCAUCGAGCUUCCAAUCAAACAUCCAGAGCUUUUUGAGAGCCUUGGAAUUGCCCAACCAAAGGGUGUCCUCCUUUAUGGACCUCCGGGCACGGGAAAGACAUUGCUGGCACGUGCGGUUGCUCAUCACACUGACUGCACUUUCAUCAGGGUGUCUGGUUCUGAGCUGGUUCAGAAAUAUAUUGGUGAGGGUUCCCGGAUGGUUCGUGAACUAUUUGUUAUGGCCAGGGAACAUGCACCGUCCAUUAUAUUUAUGGAUGAAAUAGACUCUAUCGGAUCUGCUAGAAUGGAGUCUGGAACUGGCAACGGUGAUAGUGAAGUGCAACGUACCAUGCUUGAGCUUCUAAACCAGCUUGAUGGUUUUGAAGCAUCAAACAAAAUUAAGGUUUUGAUGGCAACAAACAGAAUAGACAUCUUGGAUCAAGCCCUUCUGAGGCCUGGCCGCAUAGACAGGAAGAUUGAAUUUCCAAAUCCUAAUGAGGAUUCACGUUUCGAUAUCCUGAAGAUUCAUUCAAGAAAAAUGAACUUGAUGCGUGGUAUUGAUCUGAAAAAGAUCGCUGAAAAGAUGAAUGGGGCCUCAGGAGCUGAGCUUAAGGCUGUCUGCACAGAGGCUGGAAUGUUUGCUCUCCGCGAGAGGAGGGUGCACGUUACCCAGGAGGACUUCGAGAUGGCGGUGGCCAAGGUGAUGAAGAAAGACACGGAGAAGAACAUGUCCCUGCGCAAGCUCUGGAAGUGAGGCUCAUGCCUUGUUGUACCCACCUUUCAUGUCCACGCUGAAGCUAGUGCCUUCAUAUUUUUAUCUUUCAUACCACUUUGCCAAAGCAGUGGAAUGGUGUAACGGCAUGCUCUGUGCAUGCCUAUUAUGUUUAAAGUUUUCCUUAUAACAGCUGUAGUAUGUUAUUGCAAAAGUUGAAUUUUAUCAGAUCAGCUAGAUGACGGUACUAAUGCAUUGCUAGCUCGCGAUGUUCUGAGUUCCAGUUCCUA